UAAUGUGGAUUUCUAAACCUCUAGCAAGGGUUUGUCUUCCUUCUUCUUCGGUCCCUCAAAGUUAAACUCCUUUUCCACCUUCUUCACUGAUAAAAAAAGCCGUAUUUUGAACUGAUCUAUUAUCCAGAAUGAUUCUCUAUCGGCCUGUUGCAGUACUCCAGUUUUGCAACCUAUCGCCUUUGUCGUCUUCGUCGUCAAAGUUCCUCUCCCAUUUAAGAUACUCAUAUUCAUUUCUCUCCCAUUCUGCCUCAUAUUCUUCGUCGCUUCGAAUCCCCUGGUUUUGGCUGAAGACACCUGGCCACAUACAGUGCAGGGCAUUUGGGACAACUGUUACAGCUGCCUUCAACGACGGAGUUGGAAGCGAUACCUUUUACGCCGUGGAUAGCGUUUCAUGGUCAUCGCUAGGCGUUUCGGAUAAGGUUUCUCGAGCGCUUUUUAAUGCCGGGUUCGGCCAACCGUCUCUGGUUCAGGCUGCUACCAUACCGUCUAUCUUUACGGGAAAGGAUGUGGUUGUUGCCGCUGAAACUGGAAGUGGUAAAACGCAUAGCUAUCUUGUCCCUCUAAUUGAUAGACUUUGCAGUGGCCAAGUUGAUUCGGGGAAUACUGAGACUGAACAAGUAGAGUCCCCAUCCCAUAAGCUUAGUCUUGUUCUCUGCCCAAAUGUAACAUUGUGCGAACAAGUAGUUCGUAUGGCAAAUGGUCUUUGUGAUGACAAUGGUCAACCACUUCUCGUAGCUGCAGCUGUCUGCGGACGACAGGGAUGGCCGGUCAAUAAACCAGAUAUAGUUGUGACAACUCCUGCUGCACUUUUAAAUAAUAUUGAUCCACACAAACGUCGUCAGAUGGCAUUUUUACGUGGUGUGAAAUAUGUGGUGUUUGAUGAAGCCGACAUGCUUCUAUGUGGGGGCUUCCAGAAUAAAGUUAUACGUCUUAUACACAUGCUACGCUAUGAUGAAAAAAAAUUGUCUUGGUCAAAAGAGUCUACACCUAAGUUGCCUAUGCACUUGGUAUUUGAUAAAUCAUCAGAACAAAAUGCAGAGGAUGAUGAAGAUUCAAAAACAGAAAUCAUCUCAGAUGAGGAGGAAAGUUUUGAGGAUGAUGUUGAUGACUUACCUGAGGAAGUUGAUGCUGGACCUGCCAAAAAGACAGGCUGGAGGAGAGUGAGAAAAGAGUAUGAACGUAGCAAACAGUUCAUCUUUAUAGCAGCUACACUUCCUGUGAAUGGAAAGAAAACUGCUGGUGCAGUAUUGAAAAAGAUGUUUCCAGACGCCAACUGGGUCAGUGGGAACUACCUUCAUCGUCACAACCCCAGAUUAAAGCAGAAGUGGGUUGAAGUCUCAGUUGAUACUCAGGUAGACGAACUGUUAAGAGCUGUGAAUGAAGGUUCCAACUCAAAAUCGGUUGAAGGUGGUGGUCAACGAACCAUUGUUUUUGCAAAUACAGUAGAGGCUGUAGAAGCAGUAGCAAAGAUAUUGGGAAGGGCUGGAAUUGAAUGUUAUCGUUACCAUAAAGAUUGCUCAUUGGAGGAGCGCUCAAAGACAUUAGAUGAUUUUCAAGAAAAUGGUGGUGUCCUAGUGUGCACAGAUGCUGCUGCACGUGGCGUUGAUAUUUCAAAUAUCUCACAUGUUAUUCAGGCAGACUUUGCUAGUUCGGCCGUAGACUUUUUGCACAGGGUUGGUCGCACGGCUAGAGCAGGUCAAUAUGGACUAGUCACUAGCUUUUACACUGAGUCCAACCGGGACUUGGUUGCUGCAGUUCAGUCCGCAGGGGAGCUUGGGCAGUCUGUGGAGACAGCGUUUAGCAGGAAAAGAAGCUUCCGGAAUAAAAUCAAGAAGAGAGCAGCCUCGGUGAAGAUCACAGAGACUACAUCUUCUAUUGGGGAGACUGUUCUGUCAUAUUGAUCAGGUUCCGAGGAACUCGACACUUGAAAGUAGAAAUAGGCAUAUGCUGAUCUUAAAAUCUUCAUGACAGCAUGAGCCACAUCGUGAAACUGUAUUUCAUAGACUGAUUUUGACAACCGGCCAAGCAGUAGUGUACGUUGCUCACGAUGGUCUGAUUAUAGUCUUCUGUAUUUUAAAAGUAGUGUGUGGGGUCUCCUAGCCCUUUUACAAGACUGGGUUGGCUCCAUAAAUGUAUUAAUAUUAAGUUUACGAGCUCAGUACUUCUAUAGAUUAUGAAAAAGCUAGUUACUAGA